UUCACCAUUAGUUUUUUUUUCCCCUGCACGUUCUCUACUACUUGUUCCCCUACUCAGGCUUGCACCCUUCAACUGUUAAUUUAACUCCCUCAUACUCAUAGUCAUAGUGCCCCACUGGCCCCACCUCCAUGAUUCUACUUCUACUUAAUGGCUUCCCAUUUUUCUCCAUAGUUAUAUAAAUUAUAAACAAACUUCUCUUUGAAAUAACAGAAAAAGGGUCUCUAUGAUGGAGCAUUCUCUGAAUCCAUCUAUGGGGAAAGAAGCAGUCUCUGAUGAAGAGAGUGGGUGGACUUCUUACUUCCAAGACUUAUCUCAAGGCAUGGUGAUAAAAGAGCAAAGCUACUGUCUCAGUUUUGGUGGUGGAUCCUCUUUGGUCUCAGAUGCUUCUUCUUCUUCUGCUGCUGCAUGGAAGAAAUUCUCUUCAAUCCAGCAGGAUAAUAAUCAUGAUCACAAUCAUCACCUUGCUUCUUGUUCUUCAGUUAUUAGGAAGCCUUCAAGCCUCCCUAAAAAACUUUGUUUCAAGAAAACAAGAGCCAAGCAGAUAUCACAAGAAGGUGAUGAUCCCUUGGAAGACACUGCUAGUUCCCCUCUCAAUAGUCCCAAGGUAGGAGACUUGAAUUCAACAGAAACUAUUUCAAGGAAUAUUGAUGAUUAUCAACUUGGUUCUGUGGGUAACAAGGGAUUGGAAUCAGAGUUGCAGACAAAUGAGGGUGGUGAAGUGAGUUUUCAUGGAAAGAAGAAUAUUGAUGAGUGCAAUGAUUUGAAGAAAAGAGGGCUAUGCUUGGUUCCUUUUUCCAUGUUGGUUAAUUAUUAUGGCUGAAUGAUUGAUACCAUUCCAAAAAUGUGCCCUUCAAUUCCUCAUCUACUUUUUCUAUGUUGAUUCUAUGUAGCUCAAGUUGUAGAAUUGGAUACUCAAUGUGAUUUAUGACUCAUCAUAAUUUUUAUCAUACCAAUCAAUGUUAACAAUCUGCU